GCCGCUGCAUGAGCAGCAGUGGCGUCGCAGCAGUGAUGAUGGCGUUGAGGGCUUCAGUGUUCAGAUGGGUUUCAGAGGACAUAAGCAGCACACACUACCUGACCAACAGAUUCACUCUGCAGACACAGCAGAGGUGUGGCUUCCGCAAAGUAGCAAAGAGGGUGGAGCCAAAGAAGGGUGUGGCAGAAGAGGCGGAGCAAACUGAAAUCCUCCACAAGAAGGGCGAGGCUCCUGCUCCAGACCCGCCCACCCCACGCAUUCCCGCCAGGUCAUUUGGCAGACUGGUCAAACCAUUGGUCUUCACUAUAGGGUUUACAGGUUGCUCGUUCGGCGGAGCGGCGAUAUGGCAGUACGAAAGUCUGAAAUCAAGAGUACAGAGUUACUUUGAUGAUGUCAAAGCGGAUUGGUUGGAGAAAAAACGGCCUCAGAAACAAGCGGGUUUGGGCAAGCAGGUGAACCAGUGGUGGAACAGUUUAAGUGAUGGACAGAAAACAGUCACAGGCAUCAUUGCAGCGAACGCGUUGGUGUUUUGUUGUUGGAGAGUUCCUUCUCUGCAGCGCACCAUGGUCAAGUACUUCACAUCUAACCCCUCCUCCAAGUCUCUGUGUUGGCCCAUGCUGCUGUCCACGUUCAGUCACUAUUCUCUCUUUCACAUGGCUGCCAACAUGUACGUGCUGUGGAGUUUCUCUUCGAGCAUCGUCAACAUGAUGGGCAAAGAGCAGUUCAUGGCGCUCUACCUCUCCGCAGGUGUGAUUUCUACGUUUGUCAGUUAUGUGAGUAAAACAGCGAUGGGUCGGUUUGGUCCAUCACUGGGGGCGUCAGGGGCCAUUAUGACUGUCCUAGCAGCUGUUUGCACCAAAAUGCCUGAAGCCAAACUGGCCAUCAUCUUCCUCCCCAUGUACACCUUCACCGCCGGAAACGCUCUUAAGGCCAUUGUCGCCUUGGAUACCACAGGCUUGAUUCUGGGAUGGCGUUUUUUCGAUCACGCUGCUCAUUUAGGCGGAGCUUUAUUCGGCAUCUGGUACAUAAUUUACGGUCACGAGCUCAUAUGGAAGAACAGAGAGCCGCUGGUGAAGAUGUGGCAUGACUUCAGAACGAGAGGACCGGGCGCUGGUGGCAACGGCUCGAUGUAGAGCCAUGCAUUAUGAGUAAACGCUGAGCAGGUGACAUGGAGAAAAAAAAAACAAGAUUGAGAAAUGGACACAGAUUGAGAUAUUCAUGCACUCGAAGCUCAUAUUGUGUUGAUUAUUCUGUGAGAGAGUUCAGUGAGUAACAGUGGUACUACUGUGAUGUCAUUAUGCUCCGCCUCCGAUUUUAAAUUUGAGUCCAAGUAGCUCCGCCCUCUUGGCUAGAAAUGCAUCUAAAGGGGCGGAGCUUCAGCACACAGUUUUAAGGUCGCUAUACGUUUUCAGUGACAUUUGACACAGUGUACAGAAACUUAAAUGUUUAAAAUAGUCCGUGACUGUCAUUUUGAAAAAUAAAAUUAUUUACAAAUCUGUUGUUAGGAA